CGAAUUGCGGAUGACGUCAUUUAUCGGCGACGAAAAUUCCAGUCGUUUUCCGGAGUGUAAAUCUGUGUUAGAAGUUGCAUCACCGCAGGACUAAACAUUGGUGUCAGUUCGCCUGUGAUACUGAAGAAAUUAGGGGGCUUGUUUAUUGUCCAGGAGGAGCCAGAAUGUGAACAGGCAUGUCUAGCCCAAGCGACGACAGUGCCAGUCGUGUUCGAUUUAGCAGGGAUUCUCUAGUGCCCGGUAGACGCACCAUGGUCUUCUGCAAGUCCUGUUUUAUUUGUGCCAUCGGCGUUGCGUCCCUUGCACUGCUAAUUGCCAGCAUCGCCCUGGUGUUGACGCAGGUGUUUCAGGAUAUUGUAAAUAGCCGGGUCAAGCAGGAAAUAAUACUGAAGAAUGGCACAGAGGCAUUUGAGACUUGGGAGAAACCUCCUCCUCCAAUUUAUAUGCAGUUUUAUUUCUUUCAUGUAGUGAACCCUGCAGAGAUUCUUACAGGUGAAAAGCCAGUCGUAAAGCAGAAAGGGCCAUACACCUACAGAGAGUUUAGAAUAAAAGAAAAUGUAGACUUUUUGGACAAUAAUACCAAAGUAUCAGCCAACUCCAAGAAGACUUAUGUUUUUGUCCCAGAGAUGUCUGUAUCAGAAGGAGAUGAUGACUUCAUCAGAACUGUCAAUGUUCCAGCUGUUACAUUGAUGGAAAAAUUUAAGAGUAAUAGCGUAUUUGCCAAUUUAAUUUCAUCUUACAUGAAAUCCAUAAAUGAUGGAUUGUUUGUAACUAAGACUGUAAAAGAGUUCCUCUGGGGCUAUAAGGAUCCUUUGCUAUCUGCUGUUCAUAAGUUUUUGCCUACUGUUGAGGAAUACUUUGGAUUUUUUUAUAAGGCAAAUGCCACAGAUGAUGGGACAUAUACGUUUCUUACUGGAGAAAAUGAUUUUCGAGACUUUGCUAGAAUUAUUGAAUGGCAGAACAAAAGUUCUUUAACGUGGUGGAGUUCAGACAGUUGUAACAAGAUCAAUGGAACGGAUGGAUCCUCUUUUCAUCCUCUAAUAAAUAAGAGUGAAACCAUUUACAUCUUUUCAUCAGAUAUGUGCAGAUCUCUUUAUGCAGCAUUUGAAAAAGAAGUGAGUGUAAACAAAAUACCUGCCUACAGAUUUAUUAUUCCAAAAGAGGUUUUUGCCAAUGCAUCAAUAAAUCCUGCUAAUGCUGGUUUCUGUGUGCCAGAUGGAAAUUGCUUGGGAUCGGGUCUAUUGAAUGUUUCCAAGUGCAAGCAAGAUGCCCCAAUAAUUAUGUCAUCACCACAUUUUUACCAGGCCGAUGAAAAAUUUGUUAAUGAUAUUGUUGGAAUGAAUCCAAAUAAGGAGGACCAUGAAACUUCAAUGGAUAUAAAUCCUCUCACGGGAAUCCUUUUGAGAGGAGAAAAGCGACUUCAACUUAACAUCUUUGUUGAGAAAAUUCCUUCAUUUAGCCAAACUGGAAAUGUAAGGACAUUGAUUUUCCCUCUGAUGUACAUAAAUGAGAGUGUUGUAAUUGAUGCCACAUCAGCAGACAAGGUCAGAUCAGUUGUUAACCAGGCCAAUGUGGUUAUGAAUAUCCCAUUUAUGAUUAUGGCGCUGGGGAUUAUUUUUGGAGUUCUCUUCAUUGCGUUGGUCUGUAAGGCACGGACCUCAGAGGUAACAUUGGAUGACCAAGUUCCUAUUAUACAAUCAGCAGCUUAGGUAAAGUAGCUGCAGAAGUGGAGUUGGAUCAAUAAUCCCUGAGUAUGGGAGGAAAUCAGAAUGAGUCAAAAAAAUAAACAACAUCCCAUCUGUAUUGGCCUGCACAGUUCCCUGAAUCAAUUUGUGUAGACAGUAAAUUCCUAGUUAAGUUUUUAGUUAAAUAAAGUACAAUAACAUUCGCUAUGUAUGUUCAUGACUUAUAGUGCAUUGCUUCUUACAUGUCUUUGUCAGAAUGUGAUUUAUUUCCUUAUGGAUUGUUGCUAGGAGCUAUCUCUUGCAGAAUGUUACUUUAACAGAAGUAUACUAUAUCUGACCCAAUAUCAUGUGUUAGACAACUAUUUCCUAAUCCCUGUGAUAAUUAGAGUUGCCAAAAGACUAUGCAAUUCAUAGCAAUUACUGGCCUGGUAACUGUAAUGUACUUUUUUCACUGAGCAAUGAUGUUAAUUUGAUUUAGGUAAAGAAAUGUAUCAAGUAUUAAAAAAAAGUUCAUGUACAGAACUGAACUUUGCAUACUGUCUAAAAUAGUUAUGAAUAGUUUUAGUUGUAAACUCUGUUUCCUUUGGUGUUACUGCUCCAUCUAUGAAAUCAUUGAUUUAUACUAAUGAAUUGAGUUUUAAAAAGCUUCAUGCCUCAUCAGCAGUCUUUUAAAUUUCAGCUAUUUGUCAUAUGUCUAUAAGAAAGAGCUCCUACGAAAAAAAUCUAUUUUAUAUUAAAAUGUUAAAUAAUCCAUAACUCCUAAUUCGGCAUUCUUUUCCUUUUAUGUUUGUUUUCUUAAUGUAUUUUUCUGCAUUAACAGGUAAGAAAGGCAUCCAUAGUUUACCCUCAGAAACAACCAGUGUAAUGCAAGCAAAACAACAUUAACUUUCUGUAUCAUGAGUUUCUGCAUUAUUUAAAUGUUUUUCAUCUUAGCUUUCUACAUUAAUGAUUAAGUCUUUUCUAGUGUUGUAACAUUGAAUGACUGAUUCUGCAGCACAAGUAGACUUUAGAAUUUUGUAGACAGCUUAACUUUGUACUGUAAUCUGCUGUAAGCACCUGAUGGGCUGUAUGUUCAGAUUUUAUCAUGUACUUCUAUAAACAUUAUCAGUAUGCACACUUUCUUUUUCUUUGUUUUACUCAUGUAAGAGAAACUAUGGCAUUCAGUAGGAAGCUUGCAUUAAUCUUGCGCCUUUAUUUUCUUUUUUCUUAUGUUUUAGUAUAAUGCUAGGAUGUGAAGUGGAUUUUUGUAAGCUAUUAAUGCUUAUCUUUUCAAGUUCAUGCAUUUUGAUUUUCUUUUUUGAAAUUAAUUUCCAUUAAUUUUGUUAGUAUUGUUUAUUGGACCUGUACAUAUUCAGAAAAAAAUUCUGUUUGAUUGGGAGUUACUUUAAUUAUGUUUUUGACCAUUUUGUACUUUAGUUUUUGCAACUUGUUAGAGUAAAAUUAGUCAACAUCAGAUGUCCAUCUUGUAUACCCAGUUAUGUUAAUCCUAUAAUUCUGAGUUUGCACAGUUACCAUUUAAAUUGUUUUUAGUUCAUGCGUUUCCUUUUUUUAAAGGGAAAAGCUUUUAUAACAUUGUUUUCCUCUCCAUAUGUCACUGACGCGUGCAAAAAAACACCCCAUACUUUUCUCUUUUGAUGGCAUUUCUUGAUUUCUUCCAUAAAAAGCACAUUGGUAACUCAUCUCAGUAUUCUAUAUUGUAUGUACUAUUUAACAAUAUCUGUCAUCAGAACAAUUUCAGCAUUUACGCUGCCACACUUAAAGCGAUUUGUGAAUGCCGUUUGACUUUAGGCAGCAGAACUGCUAUUUGGGAUGCGUGAAAAAAUAAGUGUUGUACACUUAUUGCAGACUUUAGAAGAUUCUGGAGUUAUGGGAUUCUUGAGUUAUCAUGAUGCAUUAUGCUCAUGUGUGUUUUUUCCAUUAAAGUAAAAGAGACACCAUUUCCUUUUUUGAAAUGACAAAAAUAUUUUCCACUUGUUUAAGACAGUUUGAACUUUGUUUGCUUUAUUUAUCUUUAUCUUGAUGUGCUUACAUAUUUGUGCCUGUUAUCAAAAGGAAAAUGAGGUGGUUUUAGCCUGGAAAAUAUCUCCACUGUCAGUUUUAUUUCAAGAUCCCAAAAGGUGUAAAAUAUCACAUGACUGGAAAAGA